AUGGCUCGCUCAUCGAGGAGCUCAAUGGCCUUGGGCCUGGGCCUCCUUUGUUGGAUCGCCCUCCUAUUUUCCCCUCUCGCCAUGGUUGGAACCGCCAUGGCCGCCUCUGAGGAGACCGAGAACCUCGGAACUGUCAUUGGUAUUGAUCUGGGUACUACCUACAGCUGUGUCGGUGUGAUGCAGAAGGGCAAGGUCGAAAUUCUGGUCAACGAUCAAGGAAACCGAAUCACUCCCUCUUACGUCGCCUUCACCGAUGAGGAGCGCCUUGUCGGUGACGCCGCCAAGAACCAGGCCGCCUCUAACCCCUUCAACACCAUUUUCGAUGUCAAGCGUAUGAUUGGUCGCAAAUUCAACGACAAGGAUGUUCAGGCCGAUAUCAAGCACUUCCCCUACAAGGUCAUCAACAAGGACACCAAGCCCGUUAUCGAGGUCACCGUUGAGGGCAAGGCCAAGCAGUUCACCCCCGAGGAAAUCUCUGCCAUGAUUCUUGGCAAGAUGAAGGAUGUCGCCGAGGCUUACGUCGGAAAGAAGAUCACCAACGCCGUCGUUACCGUCCCCGCCUACUUCAAUGACAACCAGCGACAGGCCACCAAGGAUGCCGGUAUCAUUGCCGGUCUUAACGUCCUCCGUAUCGUCAACGAGCCCACCGCCGCCGCCAUCGCCUAUGGUCUGGACAAGACCGACGGUGAGCGCCAGAUCAUUGUCUACGAUCUUGGUGGUGGUACCUUCGAUGUCUCUCUUCUGUCCAUUGACAAGGGCAUCUUUGAGGUUCUCUCCACUGCCGGUGACACCCAUCUCGGUGGUGAGGAUUUCGACCAGCGCAUCAUCAACCACCUGGCCAAGGCCUACAACAAGAAGAACAGCGUUGACGUUACCAAGGACGCCAAGUCCAUGGGUAAGCUCAAGCGCGAGGCUGAGAAGGCCAAGCGAACUCUGUCUUCUCAGAUGAGCACCCGCAUUGAGAUCGAGGCUUUCUUCGAGGGCAACGACUUCUCUGAGACUCUCACCCGCGCCAAGUUCGAGGAGCUCAACAUGGACCUCUUCAAGAAGACCCUGAAGCCUGUCGAGCAGGUUCUCAAGGACGCCGAUGUCAAGAAGUCCGAGGUUGACGACAUCGUCCUCGUCGGUGGUUCCACCCGUAUCCCCAAGGUCCAGAGCCUCAUUGAGAGCUUCUUCAACGGCAAGAAGGCUUCCAAGGGCAUCAACCCCGAUGAGGCUGUCGCUUUCGGUGCUGCCGUCCAGGCUGGUGUUCUUGCCGGUGAGGAGGGUACCGAGGAGGUUCUCCUUAUGGAUGUCAACCCUCUCACCCUCGGUAUCGAGACCACCGGUGGAGUUAUGACCAAGCUUAUCGGCCGUAACACCCAGAUCCCUACCCGCAAGAGCCAGAUCUUCUCUACCGCCGCUGACAACCAGCCCGUGGUCCUGAUCCAGGUCUUCGAGGGUGAGCGAUCUCUGACUAAGGACAACAACAUCCUCGGCAAGUUUGAGCUUACCGGUAUUCCCCCUGCCCCCCGUGGUGUUCCCCAGAUCGAGGUCACCUUCGGCCUUGACGCCAACGGUAUCCUCAAGGUUUCCGCCCAUGACAAGGGAACUGGCAAGGAGGAGUCCAUCACCAUCACCAACGACAAGGGCCGUCUUACUCCUGAGGAGAUUGAGCGCAUGGUUGCCGAGGCUGAGAAGUACGCCGAGGAAGACAAGGCCACCCGUGAGCGCAUUGAGUCUCGCAACGGUCUUGAGAACUACGCUUUCAGCCUGAAGAACCAGGUCAACGACGCUGAGGGUCUCGGUGGCAAGAUCACUGACGAGGAGAAGGAGACUAUCCUCGACGCUAUCAAGGAGACCAACGAGUGGCUUGAGGAGAACAGUGCCAACGCCAACUCUGAGGACUUUGAGGAGCAGAAGGAGAAGCUUUCCAACGUCGCUUACCCCAUCACCUCCAAGAUGUACCAGGGCGCCGGUGGCUCUGGUGAGGGCGAGGGCUCUUUCCACGAUGAGCUGUAA